CGAUGCUGCACAGACAGAUGCCCGCCUGGCUCUCGCACUACCUACCAGACCUAUGCCAAGCGGAAGAUGGCAAGCCUUCAGCCCCCCGGGCCUCAGAGGGCGGGCUGUCUCCAUGCCACAUGCUGACUGUGAAGGUCAUCCGGAUGAGAAAUGUCCGACAGGCUGAUAGGGUGAGCCAGACAGACUGCUUUGUGAGCCUCUGGCUGCCCACUGCUUCUCGUGAGAGGUUGAGGACUAGGACCAUCUCCAACUGCCCAAACCCAGAGUGGAAUGAAACCUUCAGCUUCCAGAUCCAGAGCCAAGUGAAGAACGUGCUAGAGCUGAGCGUCUGUGAUGAAGACACACUGACACCAGACGACCAUCUCUUGACAAUCCUCUAUGACCUUACCAAACUCUGCUUCCGAAAGAAAACCCACGUGAAGUUUCCACUCAACCCAGAGGGCAUGGAAGAGCUGGAGGUUGAGUUCCUGCUGGAGGAGAGUCCCUCUCCACCGGAGAUCCUCAUCACCAACGGCGUGCUGGUGUCUCGGCAAGUCUCCCGCCUGGAGGUUCAUGCAGAGUGCAGGAGGCAGAAGAAGAGGAGGAAAAUGAAGGACCUCCUGGUGACAGUGAAGGAGUCCUUCGAGCACACCCAAUGUGUCCCAUGCCGCCAGGAGCCCUGCUGCCCAAACCCGGCCUGCUUCCACUACCCCAAGUAUUUCCAGCCCUGUAUGCAUGUGGAUGUGCCCACGAGCCAGUGGAUCCAUGGGCUUUGCUGCUGCUGUGCGCACAGCAAGAACAGCCCUGUCCACCAGCCCCUUGACUGCCUCUCUGAUGGCCAGACGGUGACCCUACCCAUGGGCGAGGACUGUGAAUUACACAUGAAGUCUACACCCUGCCCUCAGACGCUGGACGUGCGGCUGGGCUUCAGCCUGUGCCCUGAGGAGCAGGAGUUCCUGGAGAAGCGGAGAGUCGUGGUGGCCGAGGCGCUGCAACAGGUUUUGCAGCUGGAGGAGGACCUGUCUGCAGACGAGGUACCGCUGAUCGCCAUCAUGGCCACUGGGGGUGGAACAAGAUCCAUGACCGCCAUGUAUGGCCACCUGCUGGGGCUGCAGAAGCUGAACAUCCUGAACUGUGCCAGCUACAUCACUGGCCUGUCUGGGGCCACCUGGACCAUGGCUACCUUAUACCGUGACCCUGACUGGUCCUCCAAAAACCUGGAGUCUGCAAUAUUGGAGGCACGGAGGCAUGUGGUCAAGGACAAGAUGCCUGCCCUGUUCCCAGACCAGCUGGCCAAAUUCCAGGAAGAGCUUCGGCUGCGUAGUCAGGAAGGCUACAAGGUCACCUUUACAGAUUUCUGGGGCCUGCUGAUCGAGGCCUGUCUGGGGGAUGAGAGAAAUGAAUCCAAACUGUCAGAUCAGCGUGCUGCUUUGUGCCAGGGCCAGAACCCCCUGCCCAUCUACCUCACCAUCAAUGUCAAGGAUGAUGUAAGCAACCAGGAUUUCAGAGAGUGGUGUGAAUUCUCCCCUUACGAGGUGGGCCUGCAGAAGUACGGGGCCUUCAUCCCCACCGAGCUCUUCGGCUCUGAGUUCUUCAUGGGGCGGCUGAUGAAGAGGCUCCCAGAGUCGCGGAUGUGCUACAUGCUAGGCUUGUGGAGCAGUAUCUUCUCCCUAAACUUGCUCGAUGCCUGGAAUCUGUCCCAAAGCUCGGAGGAGUUCUUCCACAGGUGGACGAGGGAGAAAGUUAACGACAUCGAAGAUGAGCCACUCCUGCCUGAAAUCCCCAAAUGUGAUGCGACUGUCCUGGACACCGCAGUGGUGAUCCCGGGGUCGUGGCUGUCCAACACUUUCCGCAGCAUCCUCACCCAUCGGGCCUUCGUGUCUCAGUUCCACAACUUCCUGCUGGGGUUACAGCUGCACACCGACUACCUCCAGAACAACCAGUUCUCCAUGUGGAAAGACACAGUGCUGGAUGGCUUCCCGAACCAGCUGACAGAGUCUGUGAACCACCUGUGCCUGUUGGACACUGCCUUCUUCGUCAACUCCAGCUACCCCCCCCUCCUGAGGCCUGAGAGAAAAGUGGACCUCAUCAUCCAUCUCAAUUACUGUGCUGGGUCCCAGACAAAGCCCAUGAAGCAAACCUGUGAGUACUGCUCAGUGCAGAACAUCCCCUUCCCCAAAUACGAGCUGCAAGAGGACGAGGAAAACCUCAAGGAGUGCUACUUGAUGGAGAAUUCCCAGGACCCUGAUGCCCCCAUCGUGCUUUUCUUCCCACUUAUCAAUGACACCUUCCAGAAGUACAAGGCCCCAGGUGUGGAGCGAAGCCCCGAGGAGCUGGAGCAGGGCCACGUGGACAUUUAUGGCCCCAAAACCCCAUACGCUACCAAGGAACUCACAUACACAGAGGCCGCCUUUGACAAACUGGUGAAGCUCUCUGAGUACAACAUCCUGAAUAACAAAGACAAGCUUCUUCAGGCCUUGAGGCUGACGGUGGAGAAGAAGAAACGCCUGAAGAGCCAAUGUCCCUCCUAAGUCGCAGCGAGCCUCACCGAUCCUAUGUCUGCUUCUAGGGUCAGAGGCGCCGAGCCCAUGGGGGCUGACCGGCUUGCACCGCCGGCUCUGCUAUCUGGCGAGGGGUGUAGGCAGGCUGACCUGGGCUUUCUAUCAAAAAAAUAAAAAUUUAAACAAGUUGAGGGAGAUAGAGAGAGAAGGAGACAAAGGAAUACAACGUAGGCAAGUGUUGGGAUUUUAGACCUGCAGGAUUUUUUUUUUUAAGCCUGUCCCUGCAGAGAAGGAGAUCCCAUAGCCACAGGGUCCCACAUAUCCCCAAAGUGUGGAGAAUAAAAUCGUGGCCUGUGGAAAAUUCUGGUUCCCCCAGAGACCUCAGCCUUCGAGCUGGAGCUCAAAGCCUCCUCCACUCAACUCCUCCCAGCCUCCUGGCAUAGAGGGCCUCCAGGAAUAAAUAAAGGGAGGAACCUGAGGAGUAUGGCGGGCUCUCUGGAAAAAUGCCUUUUUAAAUUAAAGGCAGUCAUGAUUUUUAUAGGCUAUUAUAUUUUGUGGUUUUCAUUGUUUAGAAUCAGGGUGUUCAUAGAUAGUGUGAAGCCAGAGCAUCUAGACCGAGCGCUGGUCUCUUCAACAACAAAGCCAGACUAGGUGGGUGACAGGUCUCAGCGGCCCCUCUCUAGCCGCUCUGAGCCCCAGGACCGGUGAUCCCUGGGUUCUCAACCAGGCAGCCUCAUCUGAGCACCCACGAAAAUGCCAGGCAAAGCCCAAGUUUGCAGCUCAGGCUCACCAAACAAGGAUCGGGGGGUGCAGCUCAGGGACGUCUGAGCAGGUAAAUAGAGUCAGGCUUCGGGCUAGCACUCGCCGACCAGCCUGCUCCAGGAGCACUUCUCCGUUCCCUUCUCACCUUCCUCUCCUAUUUUCAGGUGGGAUUAUUUAUUUCUAAAUGGGAUUCCUCUUAUCUAUCAUGUAAAAAACGCUGUGGCCAGUAUACCCGAAGCUCUCAGAGAGUCACAAGUCACGGAGAGAACAAACAAGGAAACCCUUCAGGGAGUAGGUUAGCCCUGAGGAAGAAACCCGUCCAUCCUCGCGGAGCGCCGGCAGCCAAAUCACUGGGAAAACCUGGGACACAGAGAAGCCCAGCAAAGUGUCCAGGCCUCCCAUCAGGCUAGGAACAUGACUAAAGAAAUAGGUCACCUGAGUCAUAGAGAAGCCCACGCCGAUGGAAGGUGUGACCAGAAAGGCAUGUGGUCCCCACGAGGCCCAGCAAACCUGGAAGACUUGACCCUCUUUCCUGGCCUCUAGGAGAUGACGAGUAGUGAUAGGUAACGAAAGUUCAGAAAAAUCAACUUCCAAAAUCCAUCCUUGCUACUCAAAGUGUAGUGGGGGACUCAUCAGAAAUGCAAAAGUUCAGGCCCCACCCCAGGUCUGCUGAAUCAGAAUCUGCAUUUUCAGGAGAUUCCCACCUCCCCUCUGUACCCCGUGGUGGAGCAUGGAGCAUCCCAUGCUCCAUUCCCACGAGACUACACAUAUUAAAUUUGAAUGGUGUAGAUUUAUGCCACACUCUCCUAUAAGCUUGGAAAGCAGGAAUCCAUGAGCGCCCCUAAACCACUGUUAACAGGGCUCCUGGACCUGCGAAACUGGUCACCGCCCAGAUAAUGCGGACCUGAGACACCGCCCAUGCCCUCCGAGAGAGCAGCCAACAGCCUCGACCUUCACAUCUUUUCUCUCCAUCUGCAACAAACAGGCUCUCCUUAAAUUAGAGUGAGCCACGCUGUAAGACCUGUUUGCUGGCCGGUGAAGACAGCCCUGCCUUGGAUUCAUCAAAGUGUGUACAAUGAGGCUUGUAAAACCAUUGUAUUA